AUGUCCCUGUGCAGCGAGCAGCCUGCCCGGCUGUGCAUGGAGGCCCUGCUCUGCACACUGGAUGCGCCCCUGGAGGGAGACGCAGGCCCUUCGAGUACGUACCUCCUACCCUCGGGAGCACUGGGGGGUGGCAGUCUGAGCAAAGACAGCCUGGAAGAGAAGGUGACACCUGCCCCUCCCAGCCCAGCGCAGUCCGGGGAAGAGCGUCGGGACCCGGAGCUGGACGGGACCACCGCCUCCCUUCGUCCAGACCCCGUGGCCCUGUCCACGCUGCUUCCGGAGGAGCCCGGCACCAAGCUCGCCUCCCUCCCCAGGAAGAAGCUGUCUUCGCUCAAGCAGGCCAACUCGUCCAGGAAGCAGCUGCGACCCAAGGCCACCUCCGCCGCAGGCCUCCUGAGGGUGGGGUCCCAGCCUGCAUCCCCGGGCCUGGGUCUCCCCUCCUCCGCCACGGAGAAGCCUGGCCCACCCGGGGACCCCUACCCUGUGGCCUCUGAGGGUGAGGAGACAUUUCGGCUGCCGUCGUCAGAGGAGCCCCUCUGGCUGGACCGGAGGCGAAGUGCGGUGCCCACGACACCUGCGCCCCUGCAGAUCUCUCCCUUCACCUCGCAGCCCUACAUGGCCCACACGCUCCCCCAGAGGCCGGACCCCGGGGAGCCCAUGGUGCCCGACGAGGCCCAGGAGGCUCCUCUUGAGGACGCCAGUCCCAUGACCUUGAUGGACAAAGGUGAGAAUGAGCUGACCGGGUCGGCCUCAGAGGAGAGCCAGGAGACCACGACGUCCACCAUUAUCACCACCACGGUCAUCACCACGGAGCAGGCCCCAGCUCUCUGCAGUGUGAGCCUCUCAGAUCCCGAAGGCUACAUCGACUCCAGUGACUACCCGCCGCUGCCCCUCAGCAGCUUCCUUGAGUGCACGUACAACGUGACGGUCUACACCGGCUACGGGGUGGAGCUCCAGGUGAAGAGUGUCAACCUGUCUGAGGGGGAGCUGCUCUCCAUCCGCGGGGUGGACGGCCCCACCCUGACCGUCCUGGCCAACCAGACACUCCUCGUGGAGGGACAGGUGAUCCGAAGCCCCACCAACACCAUCUCCGUCUACUUCCGCACCUUCCAGGACGAUGGCCUGGGCACCUUCCAGCUGCACUACCAGGCCUUCAUGCUGAGCUGCAGCUUCCCCCGCCGGCCAGACUACGGGGACGUCACCGUGAUGGACCUGCACUCGGGCGGGGUGGCCCACUUCCACUGCCACCUGGGCUACGAGCUCCAGGGCGCCAAGACGCUGACGUGCAUCAACGCCUCCAAGCCCCACUGGAGCAGCCACGAGCCCAUCUGCUCAGCCCCAUGUGGAGGGACUGUGCACAACGCCACCAUCGGCCAUGUCCUCUCUCCAAGUUACCCUGGCAACGCCAACGGGAGUCAGUUCUGUGUGUGGACGAUCGAAGCUCCUGAGGGCCAGAAGCUACACCUUCACUUUGAGAGGCUGUUGCUGCAUGAGAAGGACAGGAUGAUGGUCUACAGCGGGCUGACCAACAAGUCCGCUCUUCUCUAUGACUCCCUUCACACCGAGAGCGUCCCCUUCGAGGGCCUGCUGAGCGAGGGCAAUAGCAUCCGAAUCGAGUUCACGUCCGACCAGGCGCGGGCAGCCUCAUCCUUCAACAUCCGGUUCGAGGCCUUUGAGAAAGGCCACUGCUACGAGCCCUACAUUCAGAAUGGGAACUUCACCACAUCCGACCUGACCUACAACAUCGGCACCAUAGUGGAGUUCACCUGCGACCCCGGCCACUCCCUGGAGCAGGGCCCGGCCGUCAUUGAGUGCGUCAAUGUGCGGGACCCGUACUGGAAUGACACGGAGCCCCUGUGCAGAGCCAUGUGUGGUGGGGAGCUGUCUGCUGUGGCUGGGGUAGUGCUGUCCCCGAACUGGCCAGAGCCGUAUGCGGAAGGUGAAGAUUGUAUCUGGAAGAUCCACGUUGGGGAGGAGAAACGGAUCUUCUUAGAUAUCCAAUUCCUGAACCUGAGCAACAGCGACAUCCUGACCAUCUACGACGGUGACGAGGUCAUGCCCCACAUCCUGGGGCAGUACCUGGGAAGCAGCGGCCCCCAGAAGCUGUACUCGUCCACGCCGGACCUGACCAUCCAGUUCCACUCGGACCCCGCCGGCCUCAUCUUCGGGAAGGGCCAGGGAUUCAUCAUGAACUAUGUGGAGGUGUCAAGGAACGACUCCUGCUCCGAUCUGCCCGAAAUCCAGAACGGCUGGAAAACCACUUCGCAUACGGAGCUCGUGAGGGGAGCCAGGAUCACCUACCAGUGUGACCCCGGCUACGACAUCGUGGGGAGCGACACCCUCACCUGCCAGUGGGACCUCAGCUGGAGCAGUGAUCCCCCGUUUUGUGAGAAAAUUAUGUACUGCACCGACCCCGGGGAAGUGGACCACUCGACCCGCUUGAUUUCGGACCCUGUGCUGCUGGUGGGCACCACCAUCCAGUACACGUGCGAGCCCGGCUUCGUGCUGGAGGGGAGCUCGCUUCUGACCUGCUACAGCCGCGAGACCGGCACCCCCAUCUGGACGUCCCGCCUGCCCCACUGUGUCUCGGAAGAGUCCCUGGCAUGUGACAACCCAGGGUUACCAGAAAACGGGUACCAGAUCCUGUACAAGCGCCUCUACCUGCCAGGAGAGUCCCUCACCUUCAUGUGCUACGAGGGCUUCGAGCUCAUGGGCGAAGUGACCAUCCGAUGCAUCCUGGGACAGCCAUCCCACUGGAAUGGGCCGCUGCCUGUUUGUAAAGUUAAUCAAGACAGCUUUGAACACGCGUUAGAAGGAGUUUCCAAAUGGUUCUCCGGAGGCUAA